AAACAACCCACCCCCAAAAGAAAAAACACUAAUCCAUUCCACUUCCGAUGGCCUCCGCCACCGUCGAUCCCACCACCUCCGACCACCUCCUCCAACAAGACUCAAUCCCAACUGUCGAUCUCCGCCUCCUCUCCCAAUCAGAACUUUACUCCCUUUCUCUCUGCUCCAACUCCGCAUUCAAUCCCCGCCGAUGCGACGACGUCGUUAUCCCCAAAAUCGAUCGCUCCGUCUUCAACGAGUCCGCCGGCAGCCGUAAACAAACCUACUCCCGCCUCCGCCUAGCUCCCGCCUCCCCCGCCACCGCCACCACUUCCCCCACCUCCACUUCCACUCUCCACCGCCGCCGCACUGCGCAUCUCCGCUCUUCGAAACCGCCUCCACAUGAUACAACCGACCCUGAAAAGGCUGAAAAUUCUCAAAUCAUCGGAAUAUUGAAGGAAUUAUUCGCGGCCGAGGAUAUUAGCGAUGAAUUAUUCCCCGUUCGGGUUGAUUAUAGCGAUUCGGUGCCUGUUCUAUCGAAUGCAAUCCCUUUUCAAGAAAAAAGAAAGAGGGGUAGGCCGAGAAAAUACGAAAGAGUGCUGGUUCCUGUUGAAACCGAGACUGAACCUAAUUUGAUGAAGGACAUUGUGGUGUAUGAGAAUGUGGCGGAUAGGGAUAAGGAGACUGUGAAUAAGAAUGGAAAUGUGGUGGAUUUGGUAGCUUUGGGUGGGUUGGAGGAUCCGUAUGGGGAGGAGUUGAGGAGGAGGACGCAGGGGUUGCAGAGCGAGGAGGAGUUGUUGGGAUUCUUGAAGGGAUUGAAUGGGCAAUGGGGUAGUAGGCGAAAGAAGAAGAGGAUUGUGGACGCGGGCGAAUUUGGAGAUGUGUUGCCGAAAGGGUGGAGGAUUUUGCUGUCGGUCAAGAAGAAAGAGGGACGUGUGUGGUUGAUUUGUCGCCGUUACAUAAGUGUGUGUGUAUAUCCUCCCAAUGUUGCUUUGCUGGAGAGAACCCGUGUGUGCUGUUUACGUAGAAGGGGGGGUGCGUUUUACAUUGAAGAGGGAUUGGGGGAGGGUCAUUGCGCAGAAGGGUGGGGGUCUACUGGGUUGCUGGGUCAUUGCGCAGAAGGGUUGCUGGUUCCUGGCGUUGGCGGUGGCGGUGGCGAACUCGGUAGCUGUGGCUUUGAUGGUGGCGUGGUGCUCAAUGCGUGUGUCGGGCGACUGUAUGCAGUUUGUGCAGUGCUUACUUACAUAGUUAUCCCUAACUUGGUGAAAUUCAGCCCUAAUGGGAAGCAGUUUGUGUCAUGCAAGGAAGUUUCUUCAUAUUUGCUUUCUGUCUUCGGGCUAGAAGAUGUGCACCCACCAAGUUAUGCUCACAAUGAUGGGAAUAUUCAGUUCACCUACAAAACGACUUCUGGAAGUGCUGCAGAACUUUCCAUUCAAGAAGAUAACAAGAAGGAAAACCUUGUUUGCUAUUUGUCACCACCAAUUACUUCUACAUCUAGUAAUAAUGAAAUGCAGGUCACCUUCAAGAUUGAGGAUGCAAUGGAGGUUCAAGUAGGAGAGAUAUUGAAAUGCCACAAAUGUACCUUGUCAUUUGAUGAGAUGGAUGAUUUGUUGCACCACCAGGUAACACGUCACAGGAGAAAGAGAUCGAAAUUUGGUUCCUCCAUCACCGAUGGGGUAAUAAUCAAAGAUGGAAAAUAUGAGUGCCAGUUCUGCCAUAAGAGAUUUAAUGAGAGGCAUCGUUACAAUGGCCAUGUUGGUGCUCAUGUAAAAAACCACGUGAAGAAUGCUGACGCAUCACCAGGUGAAAAUGUGGGAAUGAGUGUUGACCUAUCUUCAUCUGAUAUUCCUCGAAGGGAAUAUUUUUUGCAAGGGUCAAAUGGGGGUGAGAGCAAUAUUGUUACAGAAACUUUUGGUGCCAUAUGUGAUGAUGAACAGAAUUCUGAUUCCCGUCAGGGUAAUUUUAAAUCAGGUUCUAGUUCAGAAAAUUUUACUGGCAAGAAAGAUCAUGGACCAGAAUGUCUGGAUCAUUACGAACAGCAUUUACAAGCGAACAGAGACCAAAAAGCUUCAACUGAAGAAUCUGGUGAUAAGCAGGACAAAGAUUGUAUGAUUGAUGGUAAAGUGGGAAGAGUAGAUGAUGCUACAGAUGUUGUUGCAGCUAAAUCUAGUAUAUGUUUAGAUUCCGAAGCUGUAAGGUUUAAUAAUGAGAACAACAGCAACUGUGAAACAUCUGGCGGAACACAAGUUACUGCGUUUGUUGCCAACGGAUUCAACAGAUGUUUCAGUGGGCAGGGAAUAAGUUCUGAAAGUUGCUUGCUUUCUGAAUCUCUAAAUGACCAAAUAUCUAAUGUUGACAAUGUGACUGGAGUUUCUACUUGCACAGAGGAGCCCAAUCAGGAAGCAGUUUCUGAAAGUGGUUUACUUACUUCAAAUUGCAAAGAUAAGACAUGUGAUGGUGAAAAUGUGGAUGAUAGGAAUGUUAUAACCACUAUCAAUAAGAUCAAUCUUGAUGGGAAUGAAUUUGCAAGUAAUGAGUCAACAUUUGGUAGUGGCAAUGGUCAUGCUGGGUUGGAUGAAAACAAUGUGAUUGGAGUCAAGCAGCAUUGUAGCUCUGAAGGCCAUUUACUUGUUCCAAAUGAGGAUGAGCUGAAAUUGAGCGAUGUUGAUACUGUCAAGCAGCAGAGAGGUUUUGAAAGCAGUGUACUAACUCCCUCUAAUGAUAAGGAAACAUGUUUUGAAGACAAUUUGAAUAGGGGUUUCCCUAACUUGGUAGGUGAGCACAAAGUUAAUGGAAUAUUCUAUUUGGGGAGCGAUGAGUGCAGCGGCUAUGCUCGAUCAAACAAGGAUGCUCUGACUAGCCUUGAGGAGGAAAGACAAUUUCAAGGCUGUUCAAUUGUUCCAUCUCCGAAUGCGCAACCAUGUGUUAUAAAAAAUCAUGGGAAUGAUGUUUCCACUUGCCCGGUCGAGGAGCGCAGGCAAGUAAAAAGUUCUGAAAGCCGUUUACUUUCUCUCUCUGAUUAUGGGCAAAACUGUGGUGUUGAGGAUUAUCUGGAUAAGGUUUCUACAAGGAAAAUGGUGGGGCCUGACAUUGACGAAGUCCAAACUUCUAGGAACAGUGCACGGACUAUUCCUUUUGGCAGCAGUCAUAGUGCACUGAAUGCAGACGCUGUGACUAGUGCUAAGCAGGAUUCAUGUCUUGAGUUUUGCUCACUUUUCCCAUCUGGGAAUGAGCAGACAUUUUCUGCUGAAGAUAAUGUAACUGGGGCUUACAGUAGUGCAAUGAAUUGCAGCGAGCGGGAAAAAUCUGCUGGUGGCUCACUUGGUCAGUCAUGUAUUGCAGAAUCGUCUUAUAAUGCAAAUACACUGAAUAGGAUUUACUCUACCCCACUAGAUGAUCCCAAACUUGAUGUGGUCCAAAAUUCCAGGAAUCAUGAGCUAAGUCUUACUUUUGGCCACCGACACACAGGGAUAGAUGCAGAUCCUGCUAGUGUUGGGCAGGAAAGAUAUCUUGCAGAUAGUUCCUUUGUUUCAUCUGGGUUCAAGCAUACAUUUGGUGCUCAAAGUAGUUUAAAUAGGAUUAACGAUAGUACGUUAGAAAAUCCACAGCAGGGAAGAGGUUCUGCAAGUGAUUUACGUGGUUUCAAUGACCAAACAUAUGGCUUUGAGAAUAGUUUUAAUAUGGUUUACCCUGGAAGAGUUUGGGAGGGGCCUAGCGUGGAUGAGGUUGGAAAUCCUGGCCACUGUAAGUUUUCAAUUGGUUUUGGUAGCAGCCAUGCUCAGCCUGCCGGGAAUGUCAUUGGUGGUGGAAUUUGGAGAUUUGGUGAAGAAAAUGGGUUACCAAAUGGUGUAGCCAAUACUUCAACCCCACUGCUGCAAUCAUCGAGCACUUUUCGCAACUUUGAUAUAAUUUCAGAUAAGGGAGACAAUGGAUUGUUUAGAGUCAAUGAGAAGUAUGACCGGAACAUGGGUUUUGAAGGGUUGAGCUCAGGUAGAACUGAACCUGUAGAAUACAGCUUCUUUACCACACAAAAUUCAGAUUCUCUUCCUGAGGACUCCAAGGUUUUUGCAUAUGGUGCGGAGAUGGAACAAGGAUUUGAUUCUUCCUUUUGGCUUGGAAAGGAUGCUUUGAUGCCAAAUAUAGGUGGCAGGAAUCAAGUUACUACGAUAUGUGUCUGGUGCAGAAGUGAGUUCUAUCAUGAGCCAGUCCAAUCUGGAACACAAACAGGUGAAAUUGGUUCCAUGUGUCCAACUUGCAGUGCAAAGAUCUCGAACCAAUUCAAUGUAUUUUAGUGUGGUUGGUCCAACCCUUAUCAUCCCCCAUGAGAAGCAUCUCAAAUUUUUAUUUUCAUACCAGGAUAAGGUCUCACAUAUAAGGUAAUUUCUGCAUCGAGGUAGGCUUACCAAACAUAGCACGGGUGGGGGAGAGAAAAUAUGUAUCUGAACAAAAAUUUAUGAUUCUAAAAAUGCCCAUUUGUAACUGUGAACUGAUCAUUUUAUUUCCUCAUUUGAGUCUGAUCAUUUCUUGCUGUUUAGAGGACAGAUGCG